AGCUAAAUAUGCCUAAACUGAUCGAUAAAAAUAUAGUUUAUCUAAGAGUCCAGGACAGUCCAAAGUUACGGUGAUGAAUUUCAUAUUCGUUCAUAUUGCUGAAACACGUCAAAUAUAUUUCUCAAUAUAAGUUUUAACCCUUAUUCUGUACUUAAUUAAAUACAUAAAAGACAAGUACAUACAUUUAAGCAUAAUAAGUAUAAUUAUCUCUAAUAAAAGAAUAAUUAUUAUAAAUAUAAAUUCCAGAAUUCAUUUAUAUUUGUGGGUUAUGGAGUAUAACACAGAUGAAUUUACUCCAAGAGCUUAUCAAAUUGAUCUAUAUGAAAUUGCCCGCAAACAAAAUACUAUUAUCUAUUUACCUACGGGUGCUGGGAAAACUUUUAUUGCUGUUUUGCUUAUAAAAGAAUUGAGUGCAGAUAUACGAAAACCCUAUAAUGAAGGUGGAAAACAUACUAUAUUUAUAGUUAAUACAGUUCCUUUAGUUACACAACAAAGUGGUUAUAUAUGUAGAUUAACUGGAUUGUCAUGUGGAAUGCUUAGUGGUGACCUAGGAGUUGAUUUUUGGAAUGAAACGGAAUGGAUGAAUGUUUUAAAUACAAAUCAGGUGUUAGUAAUGACAUCGCAAAUUUUGGUAGAUGCAAUUUCUCAUGGACAUAUAUUUUUAAACAGAGUAAAUUUGAUAAUUUUCGAUGAAUGUCACAGAGGAGUGCAUGAUCAUCCAAUGAGACAAAUUAUGAAACUAUUCGAGAAUUGCCCGAUAGAACAACAACCAAAAGUUUUAGGUUUAUCAGCUUCAUUAUUAAAUUGUAACGUACAAGUGGAUAAAAUACAACAGAUUAUUCGGAAUUUGGAAGUAACAUUUAAUGCGAAAAUAGCUACAGUAAAUUCAAUAGCUCAAGUUAAAAAUUAUUUUGCAUCUCCAAAAGAAAUAAUUGUUGAGUUUGAUAAUUACGUUCUACCUGAUGUUGGACAACGUAUAAACAAUAUCAUUGACCAGAUGAAAGAAAUUUUGCAUUGUAUAGUUUUAAAAUGCUCUUUAAACAACGAGGAAUCUAGCAAAAUAUUUCAAUCAAAAACUAUAAACGAAAAACUAAUAUGUCUACUAUCGGAUAUUCAAGAACAGUUUAUGCUUACAGGAAUAUAUGGUGCAAGUAAAUGUGUUUUACUCCAUUUGAUUCAACUAGAAUGUAUAAAAAAAAAUACAGAGAGUAUGGAUACUACAUACGUUCUGGAAUACCUCGUUUCAGAAUUGACUAAAUUUAGGAAAAUGUUAGAAGUUGAAAUGGAAGACAAUACAGAAAUUAACAAAAUUCAAAAAUAUUCUUCUAAUCAAGUUCUAAAACUUUUGUCGGUGUUGAAAAACUUUAAAAAUACGAUGGUUAAUGAUCAGAAAUUUUGUUGUAUUAUAUUUGUACAACGACGAUUUACAGCAAAAGUUCUAUAUCAGAUACUAAAGAAUCUGUGUGUACACGAUGAAGAAUAUAAAUUUUUACAACCAGAGUUUGUGGUUGGAUUUUCAAAUAACCCAUACAGAAACAGUAGGGAAGUACUAUGUAACGCGAAAUGGAAUAGGGAUGCUUUACACAGGUUUAAAAAUGGUUUGUCAAAUUGUGUUAUUGCAACAGAUGUAGUAGACGAAGGUAUAGAUAUACCAAAAUGUACAUUGAUUGUGAGAUAUAAUUUGCCAAUGGAUAUCAGGGCAUACAUCCAAAGCAAAGGGAGAGCACGAUAUAUUGAUAGCCAAUACACAUUAUUGGUACCGAGAAAUAACACGGAAUAUUUAAAAAGAUAUCAAAAUUUUAAAAUGAUAGAAUUAUACUUACAAGAGCUUUUAAUAGGUACAAAUCCGCAUUAUAUGGAACCAACCCAGGAUGAGAUAAGAGAUAAAUUAUAUGUAUAUAACAUAAAUCCAUACAUUGUGAAAGGUGAAGAUGGGACAACGUGUACUAUAACAGAGCAAACAGCGAUUGGGUUACUAAAUAGAUAUUGUGACAAAAUAUGGAAAUCCAAAUUUAUGAAUUUAACGCCAAUUUGGGCCUUACAUGAAAUUGUACUGGAAAACAAACCAAAAUUAUACAAGAUUUCUCUGAAACUACCAGUUGUAUCUCCAUUGAAAACUGAAAUAUUUGGUGAUGCUAUGGAGUCCAUUAGUAUCGCAAAGCGAUCUGUUGCUAUGAAAGCAUGUAUAGAAUUGCACAAAAUAGGCGAAUUGUCUGACAGGUUAUUACCAAAUACAAUGAAUGCUAUUGCUAAAAAGGGAUGUAAUUUAUUCCCAAAUUGGGUAGAUGAAGAGGAGUCGGAAAAUGAAUUGACUGGGACACAUAAGAAAAAGCGACAUCAUCCAUUACAGUUUCCAUCUGCUUUAUAUGGUGCAUAUCCUCUGCCAAAUGAAUCAAUAUAUCUUCAUCUUUUGCAUAUUAAACCUGUAUAUUCAUCACCUCAUGAUACCCGACAUUUGGUAUUUUAUAAUUUGCUAUCUAACAAUGCAGGUUUUGCAAUAAUUUCUUCAAAAGAAAUGCCAAAGAUACCAUCCUUCCCAGUUUUUAUGAAUGUCGGAGAAUUAAAUGUUAAUAUUAAAGUAAAUUAUGCAAGUAUGAAAUUAUCUGCAAAGCAAAUUCAACGUAUAAAAGUCUUUCACACUUUGAUAUUUAGUGAAAUUGUACCGGUUAUAAAAUCUUUUAUGGUAUUCGAUAAUUAUAAUCAAGAUAAUUGUUUCUUAAUUGUACCAGUUGAUGAAAAUUGGGAAAUUAAUUGGGACGUAAUGAAUGAAUAUCAAUCUAUAGAACGUAUACCACCACCGGUUCCAUUUCAUAUUAGGAACAGUGACUAUGAGUUAGCGUUAGUUGUACCCAAUUAUAGAGUAUCCCCAGCUAUGUACUUAGUUACAGAAGUUUGCGAAGAUCUUACACCAGGUUCAUGUUUCCCAACGGAUAACUUCUUUACGUACGCUCAUUAUUAUAAGCAAAAACAUGAUUUGAUAAUAAAUAAUUUAAAGCAACCGAUGUUGGAGGUACACGUUAUAACAAGGAAAAUUAAUUUUAUACAAGCUAGAAAUAUGCAGAAUGAGUCUAAACGGCGAAAACGUACAGAGUUACCUAAAGAUUUGAAAGAGCAUUUAGUUCCAGAAUUAUGUACUAGAAUUAAAUUUCCAGCUUUAUAUUGGCUUAAAGCAACAAUGUUACCAUCCAUUCUGCACAGAGUUUCACAACUUUUAAAUGCCGAAGAUCUUAGAUCUACUAUUGCUGCAGAAACUGGUUUAGGAUCCAUAUCAAUACAGAACGAGUGGCCGUCGUUAAAAAUUUUGGAUGAAGAAACAGACGAAUCCUUUGAAUCUUUGGUAGAAGUUCCUAUCGAUGAAAAUAUGGAAAAUCCACUACCAGAACCAGUUCUAGAAGGUCCAGAAAUAGAUGUGCUAAAUACAGAAGCAUUCCAUUAUCCGUGGACAAAAGAUCAAGAACCACCUGAUUUAGAUAGAAAUAUUGAAGAUAUCCAAAUGAUCCAAAUUGAGCAUUUCUGUCAAUUUAUGUCUGGAACUUGUAAUGAAACUGUCGACAAAACGAUGAAAAAUAAAAGAGUUCAUGACACGAACGAACUAUCGAUACCAGUGCAUCCUUUAAAAAUCUUAUCAUUAAAUAAUUCAAGCGAUGGUCCUAGUCCUGUUGAUAUUAUGUAUGCAUUGACAACUAAAGGACAUGAUGCAUUUAAUUUGGAACGUCUAGAGACUUUAGGAGAUUCAUAUUUGAAAUUUAUUGUAUCUUUAUUUUUAUAUGAUAAUUUUCCAUGUUAUAGCGAAGGCCCUUUAACGUCAUUAAAAGGGAAACUAAUUGGAAAUCGUAAUCUUUAUUAUUGCGGAGAGAAAAAACGUAUCCCUGGACGUAUGAAAGUUGAUGAUUUUGUCCCAUUUAGUAAUUUUAUUGCUCCAGGUUAUGCAGUAUUUAGAUUACUUCAAAAAUUGCUAUUAAAUGAAGAGAUAUCACCAAAUGUUUUGUAUGAAAUUCAAAUACCCGAGGCGGAACAAUUUACUGGGCAUAUAAGCGAUACAACAUUCAAUAUAAUGCAAGAAAAAGUAUCGAAUUGGAAGACAGUAGAAUCACAAACUGGUAUGGAACAUUAUCUUGGAAUACAAUCUGUUUCUGAUAAAACAGUAGCAGACUGCGUGGAAGCAUUAAUCGGCGUCUACCUCAAAAGUAUGGGUAUCAAAGAUACUGUGACUUUAUUAAAGUGGUUUAAAAUUUUGCCAAGACAUAUUAACGGUGAUAUCUUAUUGUUUGAUAAGUCAAGAAGUGUUGUAGUCUCCGAAACUGUAAAUCAGGAUAAAUUAAAUUAUUUCAUGCCUUGGGCCUCUGAUAUAGAAACAAAACUUGGUUACAAGUUUAAAAAUCGAGCUUAUUUAUUACAGGCUUUUACACAUCCUUCAUAUACAGCAAAUAAUAUAACAGAAUGUUAUCAAAGAUUGGAAUUUCUUGGCGAUGCUAUCCUUGAUUUUUUAAUUACAUGUUAUAUUCAUGAAAAUUGCGAAAAUUUUGAACCCGGUGCUUUGACAGAUUUAAGGUCUGCUCUUGUCAACAAUAUCACAUUUGCAUGUAUAGCUGUACGAUAUGGUUUACAUGGUGCAUUAUUAGCUUAUGGACCAAGUUUAAACGAUGCUAUAUAUCGGUUUGUUAAAUUUCAAGACGAAAGAAAUCAUGUAGUGAACGAUGAGCUUCUAUGGAUUUUAUUGGAAGAGGAUGAAUGUAAAUUGGCUGAAUAUGUAGAUGUUCCGAAAGUUUUAGGAGAUUUAUUUGAGUCAACAAUAGGAGCAGUGUAUUUGGAUUGCGAUAAAAACCUUACAAAGGUUUGGGAAAUAAUUUAUCGCUUAAUGCAUAAAGAAAUUCAUGAAUUCAGUAAAAAUACUCCAAAGCAACCGAUUCGUGUAUUGUACGAAACUCAAGGAGCUCGGCCACAAUUUUUAUCUGCAGUAGAAGUUGACGAGAACGUUGUUACGGUACCUUUAAAAGUAAUUAUCGAUGGAGAGAUGAAGCUCUAUCAUGGAUUUGGCACAAAUAAAAAGCAAGCUAAAUGUGCUGCUGCAAAACAAGCUUUAAAAUCUUUAUUAUGUAAAACUUAAGAUAAAAAUGGAAGAUUUUAUUUACAAAAAAUAAUUGUAUAUAUCGAGAGCAUUCAAAGUACAUGUUCCUUUAUUGUUACUCUUAUAAUUUUAUAUACAUUCGAACCGUAAUAUUCGCACAAAAACCUAGUAUGUUGCACUACAUUUGCAACUAAAAAACUAGUCGCUUAACAACGAAAUGUCUUCCAUUUAAAACAAAAGCAAUUCGUGGAUAAGAAACACGAUUUUAUAACAGAUAAGCAUAGUGAAAUUCGUUUUUUGAUACCUGUCUCAUAUCGAUAUUUUCGAUACUUCCAGAAAUUUUGUUCUUAUCUUUUUUGUAGUUGUCAAAGUUCUACCGUGUUUGUGAGCGCAAGUAUCUACACAAACGACCAUACGUUUAUAUGUUAAACUUACAAAUAUUUAUAUUAUAAUUUUUAAAUAAAACAGAUAUGUGCUAUACUGUA